AGAGAGAGACAGAGACAGAGACAGAGACAGAGACACAGAGAGAGAGCCCGGAUCAGGAUCCUGCCGGAGGAGCCGCCACCGCCGCCGGAGCGGGAGGACCUGCGGGAGGAUUGUCCAGGGAAGGACCGUCCAGGGAAGGACCGUCCUGGGGUGGACCGUCCAGGGAAGGACCGCCCCGGGGAGGACCGUCCGAGAGAGCGGCGAAAGCCGGACUCGGUCUCCCCGGGCCGAAGAGAGCGAGCAUCUUCCCGCCCGGGAAUCUCGCCCCUGGAUCUAUCCUCCGGCCGGCCGGCUUUCCCGGGAUUUCUCGUGCCGUCCUUCCUCGCCCCGUGUUUGGGAAUCUCUUCGAGGAAGAAGGGGGGGCGGACGUAGCCCCCUCCCCAACCCGGACACACACACAGACCCAGACACCCGCACCCUCGGGGGUCGGCGGCCCCCUCCCCGAAUCUCUCCCCUGGGGGCGGCUCCGGCGGAGGGGAGCGGGGAGAGGGGUCGAGGGGGCGAGCAGAGCCCCCGCGGGCGCCCGGACCCCUGCACGGUGCUAUCCAGCCCACUGGAUUGGGUGAUGGUUUCGACGGGCCAACGCUAAAUCUCCGGGCGGAGCGGGGGAGGCAGUCGGAAGGAGCGGCGGUGGCGGCCAAAGGGGGCGCCCAUCUGGCGAUGGCUUUGGGGGGGGCCGUGGCCUGAGCCUCCCGUGCCCCCGGCCCCAGGCCCGCCCCCUCGCUGGCCCCUGUUAUGUCCAGGAUCUGCUCGCUGCCUGACGAUCUCUUGGAAUUCCAGAGGACCAGAGACCUAGGAUGAGGAAUGUCGCCUUCGCCCUCAGCCUGCUUAGGGUAUCUCCUUUGCUCUCCCUGGCCUGGACGGCGGCGGGCUCCCCGGACCCCGGGCCGGCCCCGUGCGCCGCCCUGGUCCAGGGCAAGUUCUUCGGCUACUUCUCCUCGUUGGCCGUGUUUCCCCCGAACGCAUCCCGCUGCUCCUGGACCCUGCAGAACCCGGACCCGCGGCGCUACACCCUGUACCUGAAGGUGGUGAAGCCGGGCGGCCCGUGUGGGCCUCCUCCCGUGCGCACCUUCCAGUACGACUCGUUCCUGGAAUCCACGCGUACCUACCUGGGCAUGGAGAGCUUCGACGAGGCGCUGAGGCUGUGCGACCCAUCCACGCGCGUCGCCUUCCUGCAGGCCGGAAAGCAGUUCCUGCAGAUGAAGCAGCAAGGUCCGGGGCCUGGGAGUCCCAGGGAACAGGCCAGGCUGCAGGGGCGAGACUUCUCGGUGGAGUACCUGGUGGUGGGCAACCGCGGGCCCAGCCGAGCAGCCUGCCAGAUGCUGUGCAAGUGGCUGGACUCGUGCCUGGAUGGCAGUCACAGCCUGCACCCCUGUGGGAUCAUGCAGACGCCCUGCUCCUGCUCCGAAGGUGACGCGCCUGGGCCCCCCGGCCGGGACGGGGACUGCCCGAAGGACGGAGUGGCCCCCGAGAACUGUCUCACCAGCCUGACCAGGGAUCGGGACGGAGACCGCCUGCCUGGGGGCUGGAACGCCUGGUCCCUGUGGGGCGAGUGCACCCGAGACUGUGGCGGGGGCCUGCAGACACGGGCUCGGACCUGCCGGCCCCUCCCGCACCGGGGCCAGGCCUGUGCGGGCGUGCUGGAGGAGGGCCGGCUCUGCAACAGCAGGGCCUGCAACACCAGUGGACGCUAUAAUUCCAGAAGUCAGUCCCUGAGGUCCACAGAUAAUCGCCGGAGGGGCGAGCCUGAGGACCUGCAGCAGUUCGGAUACCCAUCCCCUCAGACAGGUGACCCCGCAGCAGAGGAAUGGUCCCCGUGGAGCGUCUGCUCGGCCACCUGCGGCGAGGGCUGGCAGACCCGCACCCGCUUCUGCGUCUCGUCGUCCUACAGCACCCAGUGCAGCGGGCCCCUCCGGGAGCAGCGACAGUGCAACAACUCUGCCGUCUGCCCAGUGCACGGGGCCUGGGAUGAGUGGUCCCCCUGGAGCCUCUGUUCCUCCACCUGCGGGAGGGGGUUCCGGGACCGGACCCGCACCUGCAAGCCUCCUCAGUUUGGUGGUAACCCCUGUGAGGGGCCCGAGAAGCAGACCAAAUUCUGUAACAUCGCCCUUUGCCCAGGCCGGGCAGUGGACGGAAACUGGAACGAGUGGUCGGGCUGGGGCUCAUGCUCCGCCAGCUGCUCCAACGGCACCCAACAGCGCACACGGGAGUGCAACGGACCUUCCUACGGCGGGGCCGAAUGCCAGGGCCCCUGGGCUGAGACCAGAGACUGCUUCCUUCAACAGUGUCCAGUGAACGGAAAGUGGCAGGCUUGGGGUGCCUGGGGCAGCUGUACCACCACAUGUGGAGGGGGGACCCAGAAGCGUGACCGCCUCUGCUAUGGACCCUUCUUCGGGGGUGAGGCCUGCCAGGGCCCCAAGGAGGAGUACAAGCAGUGCAAUGAAAGGAGGUGCCCAGAGCCCCACGAGAUCUGUGACGAAGACCCUUUUGGCUCUGUGGUCUGGAAGGAGACCCCCGCGGGGGAGAUAGCAGCCGCCCGGUGUCCCCGCAAUGCCACGGGCCUCAUCCUCAGGAGGUGCGUCUUGGAUGAGGAAGGAAUUGCAUUCUGGGAAUCCCCCACGUACAUCAAGUGUGUAUCCAUCGACUACAGGAAUGUCCAGAUGAUGAUGCGGGAGCACCUGGCCAAGGCCCAGAGGGGACUGGUGGGCCAGGGCGUCUCGGACGUGAUCCUGAACCUGGUGGAGAUCACGCAGGAUGGGGCCAGCUACAGCGGGGAUGUGCUGUCCACCCUGGACGUGCUGAGGAACCUGACGGAGAUCUUCCGGAGAGCCUACCAUAGCCCUGGCCCUGGGGACGUGCAGAACUUCGUCCAGAUCCUCAGCAACCUGCUGUCAGAGGAGAGCAGAGAAAAGUGGCAGGAGGCCCAGCUGGUGGGUCCAAAUGCCAAGGAACUCUUCCGCCUCGUGGAGGAUUUCGUCGACGUCAUCGGCUUCCGCAUGAAGGGUUUCCGGGACGCCUAUCAAGUGACCGACAAUCUGGUUCUUAGUAUCCACAAGAUGCCAGCCAGCGGGGCCCCGGACAUCAGCUUCCCCAUGAAGGGGCGGCAGGGGCCAGCAGAUUGGGCCAGAGGCUCCGAGGACAAGGUCACCGUCUCCAAGAGCGUCUUCUCCACCAGUGUGGCAGAGGCUGACGACUCGUCCGUGUUUGUGAUCGGCACCGUGCUGUACCGCAACCUGGGCAGCAUCCUCGCCCUGCAGAGGAACACCACCGUGCUCAACUCCAAGGUCAUCUCGGUGAUAGUGAAGCCUCCCCCUCGCUCACUCCUUGUUCCGCUGGAGAUCGAGUUUUCUCACCUGUACAAUGGCACGACAAACCAGACCUGCAUCCUCUGGGACGAGGCUGACGUACCCUCCUCCUCCUCCUCCUCCCAGCUCGGGCCCUGGUCCUGGCGCAGCUGCCGAUCGGUCUCGCUCGAUUCUUUCCGAACUAAAUGUCUCUGUGACCAGCUCUCCACCUUCGCCAUCUUAGCCCAGCUCAGUUCAGACAUGAAUAUGGAAAAGGUGGCCGUCCCAUCAGUCACCCUCAUCGUGGGCUGUGGCGUGUCUUCCCUGACCCUGCUUCUCCUCAUCAUCAUCUAUGUGUCUGUCUGGAGGGCCUCUCCUCUUCUCCCUGUCUUCUCGCCCAGACAGAAUAUCUGCAAUGCACCCAGGAGGAAGGAAGAGAAGAAAGACACAGAUCCCUUCCCAGAGAAGAAUGAAUACAUCCGCUCUGAGCGCUCCGUCAUCCUCAUCAACUUCUGCCUCUCUAUCAUCUCUUCGAAUGCCCUCAUCCUCAUUGGGCAGACCCAGACCCGGAACAAGGUGAUCUGCACUCUGGUGGCCGCCUUCCUGCAUUUCUUCUUCCUGUCCUCCUUCUGCUGGGUGCUGACUGAAGCCUGGCAGUCCUACAUGGCCGUGACUGGGCGCCUCCGGAACCGCAUCAUCCGCAAGCGCUUCCUCUGCCUCGGCUGGGGGCUUCCUGCUCUGGUGGUGGCGAUUUCAGUGGGAUUUACCAAAGCCCGGGGGUACGGCACUGUCAACUACUGCUGGUUGUCCUUGGAAGGGGGCUUACUGUAUGCCUUCGUCGGUCCAGCUGCUGCUGUGGUUCUGGUGAACAUGGUUAUCGGGAUUUUGGUUUUUAACAAACUUGUGUCCAAAGAUGGAAUAACAGAUAAGAAACUGAAGGAACGGGCAGGUCAGAUGACAAUACCCCUUUACGGAGUGACGCUCAAAUGCUCAAAGUGUGGAAUAAUUUCUUCAGCUGAAGUAACAGCCACAGACACCAGUAAUGCCAUGGCUUCCCUCUGGAGCUCCUGUGUGGUCCUGCCCCUCCUGGCUCUCACCUGGAUGUCUGCAGUGCUGGCCAUCACGGACCGGCGCUCGGCCCUCUUCCAGAUUCUCUUCGCCGUCUUCGACUCCCUGGAAGGCUUCGUCAUCGUCAUGGUCCACUGCAUCCUCAGGCGGGAGGUGCCAGCGGGCUUCCUCUCCCGUUCCCGCCAGGUCCAGGAUGCCGUGAAAUGCCGGGUGGUGGAUCGCCAGGAGGAGGGCAACGGAGACUCAGGGGGCUCCUUCCAGAAUGGCCACGCCCAGCUCAUGACCGAUUUUGAGAAAGAUGUGGAUAUGGCAUGUAGAUCAGGUGAGCACCUGACAGUGCUCAACAAGGACAUCUCGGCCUGCAGGGCCUCCACCAUCACAGGCACCCUCAAGCGCCCGUCGCUUCAGGACGAGGAGAAGCUCAAGCUCCACCCCGUCAAGGGCCCUUCCAACUUCAACAGUCUUCCAGCCAACGUGUCCAAGGCUCACCUGCAGAGCUCGCCCCACUACCUGACCGGGGUCAGCCUCGGUGAGUUUGCCAACCACACCCUCACCUUGAAGAAGGACAAGGGUCCCAAGUCGAUCUACAUCUGCGACGGUGACAUCUUCAAGAAGUUGGACUCGGAGCUGAGCCGGGCCCAGGAGAAGGCCCACGACAGCAGCUACGUCAUCCUGCCUACGGGCACCGCCCCGGCACGGGCCAAGCCGCCCAAGGAAGAGGGCAGGUACAGCAUCAACAUCGACCAGAUGCCCCAGACGCGCCUCAUCCACCUGAGCAUGACCGACCCAGCGGGCUUCCCGGUCAAGAGCCCGCCCCGGGAGCCCCCCUCCCGAGCCGAGGCGCAGACCUCUCCCAUGAUGCAGCAGCAGCAGCAGCAGCAGCAGCAGCAGCAGCAGCAGCAACCGCCACCGCAGCCGCCGCACCCGCCGCCGCCGCACCCGCCGCUGCCCCCGCCCCCCCAGACCCUCUCCGUCGAGCCACCACACACCAACACUCUUGGAGAGCCGGGGGACCCCGGUCACUCAGCCCCGGUGACCAAGGGCGAGACGGUCUCCACGCUCUCCAUGAGCUCUUUGGAGAGGCGGAAAUCCCGGUAUGCGGAGCUGGAUUUUGAGAAAAUCAUGCACACAAGGAAGCGUCACCAGGACAUGUUCCAGGACCUGAAUCGGAAGAUGCAGCAUGCAGAGAAGGAGAAAGAGUUGCCGCCCACAGACAGCAAGCCAGAGAAGCAGCAGACUCCAAACAAAAGACCGUGGGAAAGCAGCAGAAAAGUUCACUCGCCCCCUUCGUGGGUGAAAAAGGACCUGGAGCCCCUCUCCCCAUCUCCCUUGGAACUCAAAACGGUGGAAUGGGAGAAAACAGGCGCCACAAUACCCCUAGUGGGGCAAGACAUAAUCGACCUCCAGACUGAGGUCUGAGCGCAGGGGACAGGGCAGGCAGGAAGAGAGACGCACUGCCCCCCUUCCCCCAACCCCAGAAGACAAAAAUUCAAUAAAGACACCCACGACAACACGUGAUUCAGUUCACAUCGGAACCGAGCGAGAGCGGGGCAGAGCGAGAGAGAACUUGGGAAGGGCACCAGUUUGGUGGUGGAACCUUUCUGAUGAGGCAGGGAUCUUUGGGACAGCUCAAGGCGGGUGGAAGAGGGCACGGGAUGUGGUGGAAGAGGGGAAGGGCAAGGUUGGAGACUCCUUGGACACUCGAGGAUGACAAGCCUCUCUCUCCGGAGCCGGGAACCCCAGGAGGAGAGCCCAUGGACCGUCAGGACAAGAGGCCCCCCCCCCCCAACCCCCCGGUCACAAUCUCCCUGUGGAAUUUCUCUCAAAGACAUAGGACAUGGCGUCCAGACUGGGGCGAGGGGGUGGUCCCCAACGCCCCUCCCCGCAUCGUCCCGCUCAGACUUUCCUCCGCAGGCCUGGCCGAGCCAACCCCAGAAGGAAGGUGGUCACCUGCCUCUCAAGGCCCCAGGGCACCAGAGACUGCUCUUCCCCAUGGCAGAAAGAGCAAGAGAAGAGGCAACUGUCUCCCCCACAGCAGGGAGACCCGCAGACCGGGAGAGAUGGUGGGGAGCAAGGCAGGACCCGGGGAGAUUCAUCCUCCCUGUAGCCUGUGCACAGGCACUCGACGGGCCUCGGGGGAGGAUGCUCUCAUACCGGGCCUCAGUUCUUUCUUUUUUUUAAAGACUCAACCUGACACCCCCUUGGUGUCCCCAGGCACCAGACCCUGCUGGUCCCUGCUCAACCCGUCCCCAGAGGGUGAAGCAGGCAGACUAGCUUGCUGUCCCCGGCCCACCCUGGCCCGCCCCUGCCUCUCUCCAGGACCUGUAUGGAGAAAAUGGCCACCCCACCCCUGCCUCCCAAGACACCAAGAUGGGGGACAAAAUGGCUGAUCACUAACACCCUCUUGGGGAAAAAAAUCUAUUUUUUCUCUCUCCUUUUCUUUUCUUCAAUAAAAAGAGAACUUGAAACCCGAGCACUUUCUUUUCUUGGCAUUUGUCAUCUCGAGACCCGCUCUCCUCCCCGGUUCACUUCCCAUCAAUCUGGCCCACCCAGAAGGCCGGUGCCCCCGAGUCCAGUGCAGACGGCCGCCCCUUACCCUCACUGCUGCCCUCACCCCCACUUCCUGUACCUGGAUUUGGGGCUGGGUAGGAAAGAAAUGUUUUGUCCCCGGGGGUAGAGAAAGAAGGAUAAGGCCUGGGUUCAGUGCUGUGUUUUCAUGUUUCCGAGUCACACAUUCUGCCCCUUGUCCGGGGCAGUCCUGGGGACUCAGAGUCCCUCUCUUUCUCCCCAUCAACUUGCCCCACCCCCCUGCCAUCCCCUAGACGCCCCCUCCUUCACCAAGAGCAUAGAGGUCAGGUAAGGAGCCUAAAGGAACCAAACACAGGGUCAACUCAGAACAUCUCCAGACAAGAGCCUGGUUGAAUUGCUGUACUUUCUGUUACUGUAGAUUUCUUUCUAAUCACCCCCUAGCCCGCACGGUGGCUCCAAACUGGCCAGCUAUCUGACCCCUCCCUCCCCACAUCCCGAAAGAAGCUGCUUGAUAUGCAAGCAUUUUUGUGCCGUUUUUAAAGAAGCAAAGAACUAUAUAUGACAUUUAUCUUGUCAUUAGCUGUACCAUAUUAAAAAAAAUAAUUUUUUUUUAUUCAAAUAGUGAAAAAGUCAAGAGGACUUGGAGAAAUACUUUAAAACUGUGAUGUAAUUGUCAGAUUUUAGAUUAUAUAUGAUGAGGAAAGCACAAAGGCCUUAGCAGCCGAGAUGUAUAAUAUUGUAAUUAUUAUAAUUACACUUAAUGAAUUUUAGCAUACAGAUAUCUUUCUACUGUGUUUUCAUUAUUUUUCUCCCUCCUUCUCUCUCCUCAUCGAUGCCUUGUCUGCCUUUUCCCUCUGCCUCCGUCAACUGACAGGACAUUAACCAUGUGAUGUAAUUAAGGAAAUAAAUGUUUUAAUAACUGUUGAGAUUCUACUCUUUCGCUCCGUUUCUCCGGUUUAUUUUGUUAUAUUUUCCCACCUCCCCCCACCCUUCCUCCUCCUCUACAGUCUCCAUGUCUGUCACUUUUUUCUGUACAGUUUUCAGAGCACAAAUGACUGUGUCUUAUUUCUAAUAAAAGCGAAAUGUCAACGCAA